AUGGUCGAUGCCGCCGAAACCGCGCAGACUGAGGGCGACGGCCCCGACGGUUCUGACAAACCGCCGCAUGGCGACAUACCGUCCUCCAAACGCGUCUCUUCUACCUCCACCAAAUCGCGAGUCAACGGAACAAGCCAUCUACGUCCUGCAAAGCAGACCACGUCUGUGGCAUCCAGUGGCAAGCCCGUGACCUCCAACGGCCACCACGUUCCUCUCCCUCCUCCAGAUUCACACCUUUAUCAGAAGGCACCGGGUCACACAAGGAAGAGCCUCGAAGACAUUUACAGUUCGGAGAAAUUUGACUCCCCUGUCAUUUGCCGCGACUACUCGUCUACGACGGGCUCGAUGACGCCUUCUUCGAGCGAUUCCCUUUCUGCUUCUGAAAGCGAAAGCUGGAGCUUGCCCUCGACGCAGCCGCCUAGCAGAGCGGCUAGCAUGUCCGCUGGUGUCUCUGGCGGUAAGCUCAAUGCUGCAUUACAGCCGUCGAAGGAGCAGCCUCCGUCCACGGCUUUGCGGAUAUCUCCUUCAUCUACCAGUGGCGCCGAACCUGAUUCUGCGACUACUGCCAAGGCAUUUGUCCCGGCUUCUCGGCCUGCGUCUGUGCAUUCACAAUCUGAUGGCAGUAGCCGGAAGCUCACCGUCAAGUCGUUGUUCGAGGCUCCUAAGCUGGUGAGGAAGUCGUCAGCACGGUCGACAGCCAGUAGCAAGAAGUCCGGCUCCGACCGCGGUUCAACCGCUGGAGAUAGCACCACCAGUCUGUUGAAGAAGUACGGUGUGUGUGAGAAGGUUGCAAUUGGUAAAGGAGCCACCUCCGUUGUGCGACUCGCGCAUAAGUGGGAUCGCAGCGAAGAGAAGCUAUACGCUGUCAAGGAAUUCCGGAAACGGAGAAAGAACGAGACUGAAAAGGAAUAUGUGAAGAAGCUCACCGCCGAGUUCUGCAUAUCUUCGACGCUUCAUCAUAUCAAUAUUGUCGAGACUGUGGACCUUGUGCAGGACGAGAGUCAGCAUUGGUGCGAAGUGAUGGAGUUCUGUCCAGGUGGAGACCUGUACGCGGCUAUUAAAAGAGGAGGCAUGUCGCCGAGCGAAGUCGAGUGCUGCUUCAGACAGAUCUUGACCGGGGUCCAGUACUUGCAUAAUCAGGGCGUCGCUCAUCGUGAUCUAAAACCGGAAAACCUGUUCUUCGAUAUGAAGGGCCACCUUAAGAUCGGUGAUUACGGUGCGUCAACUGUCUAUCGACUACCUUGGGAGAAGACCGUACACAUGUCUACUGGAUUGUGCGGAAGUGAACCGUAUAUCGCUCCAGAGCAAUUUUUGGGCAAACCUUAUGACGCCCGCCUUGUCGAUAUUUGGGCGUGCGGCGUUGUUUAUUACUGCCUACACUUCCAAGAACUCCCCUGGACGGUCGCUCAGUCUAGUGACCCCCUGUUCGCCGCAUAUGUUUCUGCAUGCCAGACUCAGUCGUCUUGUCCUCCGACGAUCAACAAUUUAUCUCCUCGCGCGUGUCGCCCCGUCAUUAGGAAGAUGCUGGAGCCGAAUCCGAAGCUUCGGUGCAUGAUCGACGACAUCAUAGAACAACCGUGGGUGAAGAGCAUUGAGGUCUGCCAUCUGGUCCCAAAGCCAACUCACGUUCACGUAAAUGCGCGAGCAAUGGCUCACGCACAGGUCCAAAUUGUUUCAUGA